AGAGAGAGAGAGAGAGAAACAGAAAGAAAGACAAGGAAAGACUGAUAAAAGAACGCAGAGACAAGAAAUUCAAGGAUAAACUCCGAAUAAGUAAACAAGAAAUAUAAUUUAAAAGGAGAUACGUAGAAGAUAGAAGAAACAUGACGAUGGCUAGCAACAUCGUGGUCGAGUGGCUGCGUUCGCUCCAUCUCGGCCAAUAUUCCGAAUCGUUCAUCGACAAUGGCUACGACGAUCUCGAAAUUUGCAAGCAAAUCGGCGAUCCCGAUCUAGAUGCGAUCGGUGUUUUCAAUCAAACGCAUCGUGCACGUUUACUCCAAUCGGUGAAAACAUUAAGGGAAGAGGGCGCAGCAAGCGUUUAUUUCACGUUGGAAGAAACGAACGAGUGUCUUUGCGAUAAUGUCAGCUCGAAAUCGUCUAGAACAUCUUCGGAAAGGCCACCAAGCGAUAAGGAUGUACAAAGAGCAUCACCAACGGCUAGUUCUUCGAGCGGUGGUCAAGAAUUAACAAAGUUCGCGGAUGAAUACGAAGAAGGGAAGGCCGAACUCGUCAGGAUCCCUCGGAUGCAACUUAGGAUGCUGCUGCAAGAGAAACUCAGGCAUGACGGCAUCAGACUCGCUUGUCAACCUUAUACCACACCGGAAGGCGAGAGGGGAUACUUGGAGGGACUAGCUUCAAGGUAUGCAGACCUCUUCAGAACGCAUUACGGAGAUGUCCUGGAGCCGCUUGAGGAGCUACGCCGACGCGAAACAAAUGCUUCCCCCAGAAUGCCCAACACUCAACUUACCACCAGUCAUUCACAGCCCAUUUACGUGCCUGGAAAAUACUCGCCAUCGAGCUGCCUCAGUGAUAAGGAAGAAGACGAGAUCUAUGGCUUCGGUUACGGUGUCUUCAGUAGACAAAUGCUUCAACAUCGUCAACAAAAACUUGCGCUCGCCACGCAGAACUCGGCCGCCAUGACACCGGCUGGGCAUCCACAACCCUACCAAAGCUGUCUGAGCCCGAGAUCAGCAUUUUUCUACGAAUUUCCACCUAAUGAGCAAGGACAAAAUACGAGUAAAAAGAAGACGACGUUCUCAAGGUUAUUGAGAGGUUUGAAAACACACAAGAAGGAGAAGCAAGGUCAAACGCAAGGCUCUCCGAGACACGGUCGUGCGAGAAUAGGAGUACCACAGAGAGUCGAUACGCCGGACAGCGUCCUUCAGAGUGGAUUAGGUCCAGGUCCAGAUAUGGGUCACACGAUAUUACGUUCGAUGGUAGACCCGCGAGAUUACGACCGACUGAGGUAUUUGCAAAUGAAUGGAGGUCAGCCAAAUAGCUUUGAAGAGACUAUAAAUAGGUUGAAAGUUCAAGAAGCAUUGAGGCAAAAAGAACGAUUUCACAAAGAACACGAAGAGAUAUUGAGAGAUAUCAGACAUGGUUUGAUGCAGUUAGGACGAGAUGGACGUGGUCAGGUCACAGGAGAUGACACCUACAUGUACGACGAAGAUGCGCGAUGUGGAGGUACAGGUGGUUUAGGUGGUGGUUUAGGGGGUCAACAUUGGUACGAUGAACCACCAUACGAAUCGGACCCCGAUGAUUUUCUUAUGGGAGCCAGUGGAGGUCCCGUACCUACGGCUACCAUUCAAAAUGGAAGAGUAUGCUUUACAUUGAAUCCAAGACCCGAAAAUAGAGGCGAAGGAGUGAUUUCCUUGAGAACAGCCGGUGACAUCAGUCUACCACGUGAACGUUCCAAAGGAGCAGCUUCGACGAUGCGAGGAUUGAUCGUACCUCAAGGACAUAACAAUCCACCCACGAUUAUACCUUUAACGCACUCCAGGGCUUCACGAGAGAGUGGAGAUUACGCGAGCAGUGACGUUCAAAGCCGGAGUAGCGGGGAGGAGGGACUUUCGCCGAGCCAGAGCAGCGACUACGAGGAACAAGAAGAGCUUGAGAACCAACACUCCGCCGCUACACACACAUCGGAGGCGAGUGCUCUAUUGGACGAAGAAACUAAAACUGGGGUAGGUGGACGUGCAAGAAAUCUCAGACACGACGUACAAACGAAGAUCUCAAGGCUUCGCCAGGAUCGAGCGUCCUCUGAGGCCUUUCCUUGUAGCGCCAGUAGCGUUGAGAGUCUUCCGAGCGGAAGUGGUUCUAGCACGCAAGCUUUGGUACGAGCGGGAAGUAAUCACAGCUCGAUAUCGUGCGAAGAAAGAGACGCCAUAAGCCCGACGUCCAUCGGCCCUGUACUUUGCAGGGCGAGAGCCUUGGUCGAUUACACACCUAGUCCUUACGAUAAGGACGCGCUCAAAUUUAAGAAAGGUGACAUCAUCGACGUGGUACAGAUGAACAAAAGUGGUCUUUGGAAAGGUGUCGUUCACAACAGGAUAGGACACUUCAAAUUCAUCAACGUAGAGAUACUGAACGACCGAGUACCAAGACGCGGUGACUCGGAACGUAGUAGCAAGUGGGGUCAGAGAUACAGGCAAAAGCCCGGAUCGGUUCAAGAGCUCUUGCAAAGAAUGAAUCUUCAGGAACACAUUUCCGUUUUCGUGCUGAACGGUUACGAGGAUUUGGAGCUGUUCAGGGAAAUAGAGCCAGCGGAUCUCGAUUAUUUGAGUAUACAUCAGCCGGAGCACCGUGCCAAGAUACUUACGGCCGUACAACUAUUGCACGACCUUCAGUCUGGUAGCGAAGGAGAUCUAGCGUCGAGUUCGGAAGGAGACGAGGUUAGCAGAUUAGUUCUUCAUUCUGGACAAACGUCCGGUCAUUGUUCUCCCUUCAAUCGACGUCAAUUCCCAAGGGAUUCUGGUUGCUACGAUGCGCAUAAAAAUCCAACAAGUCGUCGAAACGUCAGUCCUGAAUCAUCGAUGGCGACUAAGAUAUCCAGAGAGAAUAAUCUCGACAGUAGUGCUCAAAGUAAGAUAGCAGUUGGCAACGUUACCGGCGAGGGUAAUGCAUUGACAGACGUUAAGGAUGACUUUCAUCCUAAUAUACCUAUCGGUGGAUCGCUUUUAACGCAAAAGGAAGGACAAUUCGAUAAAUCUCCUUUGUUACGCGGUGGUAGCGCUAGAGCAAUAGGAAAGAGAAGUAAUUUUGGAGAAACUGUUGUGAUCGAGGAAGCAUGCGAAGGUAAUCAAAAGCUUGGUAUGGUCAAAUACGUUGUCGGUGGUAACACCGAUCUUGGACUCGAAGCUGCUCGUGACGUUGCCACGGCUUUGAGUCAGCGCGGUUGUUUAAGCGAGAAAUCAAGCGAUUCUGGCGUAAGUUCGUCUAGCAUUAGCUCGGCACCUCCACCAAGAGACAAAUCGUUAGCUACCGGUACCGGACCCUCCCAAACAUCAGUUUCACCUACCAAAAAUCAAUUCGGUAAUUUCACGAGAACACCGGCUACCACUCAAACAACCGCCAAGACACAAGGAAACGCUAGCUCCGAAUAUCCGUGAGUUAUAGACGAGAAAUGGCGAAAUUAUUCGCUUAAAUGGCAUCGACCUUGAGAUAAUCCGAUGGAAAUCUUUCAAGAAAAUUAUUCGAAGGAACCUUUUAACUAUUUUUCUCCGGAGAAAUAAAAUAGCUUUACAAGCCAGACGUGAGAAUAAUAUUCGAACGGACGAAUGAACUUGCUCCUUUUGGCUGCUUCUUUUAAGUAUACUUUCCGCUCGAAUCCAGUUAGAUAUAUAUUAUAUAUAUCGAUAAGAAGAACAAAAGGUUAAAAAAAGGAGAGGGAGGAUCGAACCUUUAACAUUCUUUCGUUUCAGUCGAGACCAUUGCUAUAGCGAUAUUUUUCAACUUUCUUCGUCGUCGUUCUAUCCUUCGAGAAUAUUUCUAGACAACACGGAAUUAUACUUAAUAUACAUAUAUACAUAUACAUAUUAUAUAUAUAUAUAUAUAUGUAUAUAUAUAUAUAUAUACACACACAUAUACAUCGAUGACAACGUGAAACUUCUUAAAUCCGAAUUUUCAUCGUGCGACGAUACGCCUAUCGAGAAUCUUUCGAAAAGCACAUACAAAGGGACUUAACGAGAUUCUCUUCAACGAUAAAAGAUACGUAGGAACUCGAGUUAUGUACGAGCAUUCCCUCGAUAGCCUUUACCAUUUUCGCCAAUAUAUUUGUAUUGCCUUGUGCCGACUUCAAACGUACGUAUAUACUUGAGGGCAUGCAGUAAGAAAAAGAAAACAAAGAGAAAGAUAUAUAUAUAUACACACACACACAUAUAUAUAUAUAGACAUUAUACAUAUAUCUCACUGCCGGCCAGCGUACGAUAUCGUAAGAAUACUCCGAUUUAUGGCGUUGCCGUUAGACCGAGAAAAUAAUCUUACGCGGCGAACGACGGUCGUGUAACAAUAAACAAACAUUAUGUGAUACGGUAGCAAUAUACGGAUCGAUUUAACGAAUAAGUAGAUAGAAAUGGUUUCCGAAUGAAUAAUACGAGCAAUCUUAUCACCUUUGUGACUAAAUUAACAAUAUUAUAAAGAACUGCAGACAACGAGAAUGAAAAAAAAAAAUUUAAAAAAAAAAAAAAAAAAGAACAGAAAACGGGCACAAAAUACGUUUCGAUAUCUAAUAACGAUAUCUGAUGAUGGACUGAUUCGAACGAUAAUUUCUUCGUAUUCUAUAGAAUAUUGUUAAUAAAUGUCACGAACGUGACAUGAGAGUGCAAAUUUAUAGAAAACUUCUCCUAGACGUGGCGACCUCUUCUGUUUCGUAUACGUCGUAUAUCUUGACGAUUUGUCUCGACUAAAAAUGAGUUUUGUAUUUGAAAUGGACAAACAUUUCUCGCGAGCACAGCAGCAGCGCUUUGAACGAAGAAAAAAGAAAAGAAAA